CGUCGCACCCCCUAUUAGGCUGAUUACUACUGCUUAGAAUGCUAGUCUAGCACCAAGGCUCUGCAUUGCUAGGAUGUUUGCGAGCGGAGUAAGUUGCUGUGGUUUGUUCGUGUCCAGAAUACGUUGGGUGGUUGCUGCAAAACCACUUGGUGCUGCUGUCACGUGACAUCGACUAAUUGCUAUAUAUUCUAGCCAGUAUACCCACUGAAAAACCCUUAACUAUUCCGAACAUCAUGCUUACCAGACAAUUUUUACGUAGUGCCAUCCGUGCCCCAGCCGGAGCCCAAUUGAGAGCCAAGCCCAUUGGUAUCCGUUUCCUUUCCUUCAAACAAGAGGACCAGCCCAGAAUCAGAAUUGGGUCCACUGCCCCCAACUUUCAGGUCGACACCACCGAGGGCAAGAUUGACUUCCACGAGUACAUUGGAAAUGACUGGUUGGUCCUCUUCUCGCACCCAGCCGACUACACACCGGUGUGUACCACCGAAUUGGGUGCCUUCUCCAAGAUGAAGGGAGAGUUCGACAAGAGAGGCGUCAAGUUGAUCGGUUUGUCCACCGAAGAUGUCGACAGCCACAAGGGGUGGAUCAAGGACAUUGAAGAAGUUGCCACUAACGGCCAAAAGUUCGGAUUCCCCAUCAUCGCCGACAGCACCAGAGAAAUUGCCUUCAAGUACGACAUGGUCACCGAAGAGGACUUCCACAACCUUGACAAGCAAAAGAUGAUUGGCACGGUGAGAUCUGUGUUUGUUAUUGACCCUGCCAAGAAGGUUCGUUUGAUCAUGGCCUACCCUGCCUCCACUGGUAGAAACACUGCUGAAGUGUUGAGAGUUGUUGAUGCCUUGCAGUUGGCUGACAACAAGGGGAUUGCCACCCCAAUUGACUGGACUGUUGGCCAAGACGUGAUUAUUCCACCUACUGUCUCAAAUGAGGACGCCAAGGCCAAGUUCGGAGAGUUCAAGACUUUGAAGUCGUACUUGAGAACUACCAACUUGGGAAACUAAGUUCUGUGAAAUAACCACUAUCUGCUGAGCAGCUAACACAAUGUCAGGCCAUGUUACGGGUUGUACAGCGAUUUUACAAUCUUAGCAUGCGUACUUUACGUUAAUCAAAACAUCUACUUAUGAACAAAUUGUAAUUAGUAGACAAGGCCCAGAACAAUGUAUGCCAACUGGCCAUAACUACAAGUAGGUUCAAGUGUAAGAAAGACGAGACAGCCCCAUCUACCUGAUAGGAGCGUUCUUAAGCAGCGAAGUGGAGGCGCCAGGCCCGUACUUCAAGAUGUAUUCCUUUCCGUCCUUGACGUAGGCAGCCUCGCCCAGGGAAGUGGUGCGAAGGUGUUUCUGGAUGUCUUCCCACACGUUAGGCUUGAGUCUGGAAGGCU